UACACUGCCCUCUCUUACGUGUGGAGCUCUGCGGAAAAGGUAGAGACUAUUUGGGUCAAUGACAAGCCUCUCAAGAUUACUGCAAGUCUAUUCUCAGCACUUCGCGAUUUGCGUGGUGAGACGAGAUCGUUUAUAUUAUGGGCCGACGGCAUUUGCAUCAAUCAAGACGAUGACAAAGAGAAAGGCAUUCAAAUUCGGCUCACGGGUCGAAUUUAUGCAGAAGCAUCAAAUACGAUUUUUUAUCUU